CACCUGUGUGCCACCCAUACGCUGCUUUAAUUGUUGACUUUGUAGCCACUCUGACCAUAGAUAUUUAUAUUACUGAAGCGAAAUAUAAUUCCGCUGCCUCCAUUGGCCUCCUUUUAGGGGCGGUGCGAAACUAUUUAAAAGAAAUGACGUGACGUGGUUACCGUAGCUAGCGAGCCCACACGCUCAUCUGUGCAGCGAGCUAAACAUCAACAAGAGUGUUUUUCUCUGUAUCUUCGGCUACCACAUAUUUCUAAAUCGCUUGGGGAUUUAAAGGGAAAUAAAAUGAAGUACGUGGGCCCUGUGUGUCGGAUACUUUUUAGGAUUUUGUUGAAGAACCGGAUGUGUUUCGUGUGACGUUAAAGAGCUUCAACUGAAUGAGGGCACCCUGGAAGGACACAAUACAGACAUGUUCAGUCCCAAAGAACUAGAGGGAGAAGUUGACCACUCGUUCUUUGACAGUGACGGUGAAGCAAAUGAGGCCUCACAAAGACACGAUGAGAGGAAAGGAAAAGAGACGCAUAUUUCAAUGGACCGGUUAGGAGCUGAAUUUCAGAGUGAACGAGAUGGAAUAGCAGGACUGAAGAGUGGUUCAACCCAGGAGGGCAGGAAGGAACACCAGGGAGAUUCUGAGAGGAAUGAAAAAAGCAGUGAUGUGUCUUUCAGAGGAUCCUCGCCACUUCCAAGUGCCAAAUGUUCAGAAACUAGGAACAACAGCCAAUCAGAUGAAGGAUCUAAUGUGCAGUCAUACUCAUCCGAUGAGGAGAUAGAUCUGGAUGAUGAGGAUAAUACAGGUUUUAAUCUCAGGAAAACCAGCAAUGGUAAUGUUAAUAGUGGUGAUGAGGAUGGAUACAAUCGCAGUGCUGAAGAUGAAAGUGAAGAGGAUGAGAUGUCUCCAGAGACUCGAACAGCAAAACAUAGACUGUCCCGCGGAGUGCCUAAAAAAUCUGCUGGUAAAUUUCGCAACCUGAGCCAUAGCAAUUUGUCAUCUUCCGACUCAGAGUCAUCCCACAGUAGUAAUGAUGAGAGAAGCUCCUUUCAUUCACAGAACUCUCCUGUGAAACCUCAUAAAGUAGGCUCAGCCAAUCAGAGGGAGAGAUAUGAAGCCUUAGAUACUGCAGAAUCUGAAGAUACAGUCACUGAUGUCACUCCUCUCUCAACACCAAAUCUUAGUCCUGCCCAGUCCAUUGAUGUGGUUCUGCACUCUAAACCUUUGUCAGCAGAUGUUCAGCAACAACAGCACAAUGUUGCUGGGGAGAUGGUUGCAAAUGAAGUGGUUUCAGACGACAGAGACAGUAUAAGUUCUGAAGGUGAGGAUGGACCAGUGUUUUUAAAAGUAGAGAAGCACUUGGACAGAGCACUGGUGGUUUCCAGUCCUGGAAGUGUUGGCAGCAACCGUAGUCGCAAGAACUACUCUUUCACCAAUGAAGAGGUACGGGCCAUCGACCAAGAGAACCAACGGUUGUUACGUGAACUCUCACGUUCAUCGGCACACUCGCGUAGUGCCGGCUCUGCCUGCUCCACCGCCAGCAGUCGUAGGAGCAGUACACCACCCAUACGCCUUUAUCACAGCGCCCUCAACAGGCAACGUGAGCAAGAACGCAUUCAGAAGGAAAACCUGGCAUUCCUGAAGCGUCUAGAAUCUGUGAAGGCCACUUCUGGUAUGACCCGAGAUGAACAACUUUCUAAUUACCAGCGCCAGUGCCGAUACCUGGGAACACAUAUUACGUCUGCGCCACCCCUUAAACCAGGAUCCAGCAGGACAUCCGGAACGAGUUCAAGACCCUGCAACAGUCCGCAGAGAGCUAGACCAGAGACUGCUAAACUCAACAGAGCAACACCACGGCCUGCCUGGUCCUGAUCCUUAAAUCUUUCACUUCAUCUGCCCCUCUACAUUUAAAUAUUCUGCCCAGACUAUAAAAUAAAAAUGUAACCAAGUUUAGAUCACAUCAGCAAACAUCCUGUAUGAUUGUAAACUGCUUAACCUCACAUUACUUAUUUUAGAACUGGGGAGGAAAAAUAUAAAUUUCCCAAAUAUACAUGUGGUCAACACAGGUAAAGGUUUGAUUAUGUUGUUUAAAUAUUUUUUAUGUAUUUUGUCAAAUAAUAAAUGCAAAUGGUUCAGGGACCAUAAAGUGGGACAUUAAGCUUACAGAGACAUUCUUAGUGCCUAUGUGUGCAGCUCAGCUAAAAGGCUUAUACACCAAUCAGCCGCAACAUUAAAACCACCUGCUUAAUAUUGUGUAGGUCCCCCUCGUGCCACCAAAACAACGCCAACCCGCUUCUUAAAGUAGCAUUCUGAGAUUGUUAUUCUCACCACAAUUGUACAGAAUGAUUAUUUGAGUUACCGUAGACUUUCUCAGUUCGAACCAGUCUGGCCAUUCUCUGUUGACCUCUCUCAUCAACAAGGCGCUUCUAUCCACAGAACUGUCACUCACUGGAUUUUUGUUUUGUUUUUGGCAACAUUCUGAGUAAAUUCUAUAGAAUUGUGUAUGAAAAUCCCAGGAGAUCAGCAGUUACAGAAAUACUCAAAACAGACCAUCUGGCACCAACAAUAAUUUAUGCGAUUAUCUAAUCAGCCAAUCAUGUGGCAGCAGUGCAGUGAAUAAAAUCAUGCAGAUAAUGGGCCAUCAGAAUGGGGAAAAUUUGAUCUCAGUGAUUUGGACCGUGGCACGGUUGUUGGUGCCAGAUGGGCUGGUUUGAGUAUUUCUGUAACUGCUGAUCUCCUGGGAUUUUCAUGCGCAACCGUCUCUAGAAUUAUUUCCGAAUGGUGCUAAAAACAUCCAGUGAGUGGCAGUUCUGCGGACAGAAAUGCCUUGUUUAUGAGAGAGGUCAACAGAAUGGCCAGACUGGUUUGAACUGACAAAGUUGAGAGUAAUUCAGAUAACUGCUCUGUACAGUUGUGGUGAGAAGAAUAGAAUCUCAGAAUGCUAUUCUGAGAUGCAGGUUGGUGCUGUUUUGGUGGCACAAGGGGGACCUACACAAUAUUAGGCAGGUGGUUUUAAUGUUGUGCCUGAUAGGUGUAUAUAUUUCAGUUGUAUGUAAUAUAGUGCCUCAUUGAAUUCUGCUGAUGACAGAGAUGACUGUUCCUUGUUUCUGUACAUUCUGUUAUCAGAUUAAUUACGUGAUCUAUUUGUCUUUACAAGUUUUGCAAUCUUUUAAUUCUAAUGCUAAAUAAAUGCUUAAUUUGGU